AGACGACAGAAUUCAGACAGAGUUCAGGCGAGGCCGCCAUCGACGGCGAAUUUCGGUUACGUUUUCUAAUCGCAUAGGAAGUCUCCGUUUUGCGGCGAUUGUGAGACGCUGAUGAAUUCAAAGGAUGAUAAUCAUUCAGGAGAAGUUGCACGUACUCUGGUGGAGUUUUUGGAAGUAGCCAUCACAAUGAUUGUUUUCCUAAAAGGUUUUUACCCAUCUGCGGCAUUUGAAAGGCGGAGAUAUAUGAAUUUGGUGGUGCAAAGGGCAAGCCAUCCUGAGCUACGCGAUUACAUUCAAUCUGCUGCUACUGGUUUACUUCCGUUUAUCCAAAAGGGUCUUGUUGAAAGAGUAGCAGUCAUAUUUUUCAGUGAGGAUAAUGUUCCUGUGGAGAGGUUCAUCUUCAAGCUCACGAUUAACCCGUCUUGCGCUGCUUCAGUAGAAGAGGGUCAACUGGAAUUUGCGCUUAGGUCCUUCUUGAUUAAGCUUUCCGUCUCAAAAUCCCUUGUCAAGCCUCUUCCUCAUAAUUGUAGAUGGGAAGUAACGGCUUAUCUUAGGUCGCUUCCUGAAGUGGGUUCAAGCAAAGAAGGUGAGCUAUGGAUUCCAACAGAUACAAAGCAGUGGCAGAAGCCACCGGUUAUAACCCCGGUCAAGUCUCUGGACAGCGAGCCACUAUGCUUACAGCUUUACUUGGAACACCCAAGUUUUUCUGAACCAUAAUCUUGUCAAGCCAAAUGACGUCUUAACUUACACAUCUGAAUCCUGCAGGACGUAGCUUCCGCACAACUGGACCCAUAUUAUUGUUUGUAUCAUUUUUCUCUAAUUUGUUAUUGCAUAACGUGAAGGAGGGCCAUCGCUGAUUAAUU